UUUCCAAAUUAUUACAAGGCCUGCAAAAAAAAUAUAAGAAAAAAAGGAACGCAAUGCAACAAUGUGUGGGCCAGAAAAAGUCUCUCUCCUCACUAUCAAUUGUUUCUGCAGUGAUGAAUUACAAUCUUCAGAUCAUGUGUUUAUAACCUAUCAUCCGCAGAUAAUCGUUGUCUGGAGCUCAAAAAGAAGUAUAAACAUUAUUCAAAUCAGGUCAGUCAAAUGAACGUCUCUUUCACAGAUGCGAUUCGGUCCCCGACGUUCACCUAAAAGAGCCGUUCAAAAAGAGCCGUUCGUUCGCGAACGACCCAUCACUGACACUUUGUACCCAUCAGGAGCUUCUGCUUUUCAAAACGUGGUGUAUGAAUAUUCGUCAAAUUGUAUAUGCAGAGGACACGGGUCUGUAAAUAUUCUGUUUGGCAGAAUAUCCCGGGAGUGCACAACGCUGGCGAAAAUGGAGGGGUUUCUACAGAGAUGUAGCGCUGCAUUAAAGGGCAGUUCGGAGGGCAGCUCUGGGAUCCACGUUGUCCUUGGCAACGAGGCCUGUGACCUCGACUCCAUGGUGUCGUCCCUCGCCUUCGCCUACUUUCUGUCCACAGCGUCUGGCAGCUCGUGUAAAACUGUGGUGCCAGUGCUGAACAUCCCGAGGGCCGAGUUCCCCCUACGUUUAGACAACGUGUUCCUGCUGAAGGAGAGCGGGGUUCCAUCAGAGGCUCUGGUGUUCCGUGACGAGGUGGACCUGGCAGGGCUCCAUAGAGCCAAGAGGCUGGUUCUCUCCCUAGUGGACCACAACGUGCUUCCUAGUGCCGACAUUGACUUGGAGGAGGCAGUUGUGGAAGUCAUUGAUCACCACCACCUCGAGAGGACACCCUCCACCUCCUGUUCGGUCACCAUGGAAACCGUGGGUUCCUGUGCCACCUUGGUGACAGAGUACAUUCACCACAAGGCACCUGAAGUGCUAGACAGACAGGUGGCCCAAUUAUUAUACGGGGCCAUUGUGCUGGAUUGUGUCAACAUGGCCCAAGACGCGGGCAAGGUCACACCAAAGGACAGCCUUCUGGCCUGCCUACUGGAGUCGCGCUUCCCAGACCUGCCACCCAGGGGUGCCCUCUUCCAGUCCCUACAGAGCGCCAAGUUUGACAUCUCAGGUCUUUCUACAGAGCAGAUCCUGCUGAAGGACAUGAAGGCUGUCUCCGAAGGCGACCUGAGACUGGCAGUCAGCGCUGUGUACAUGACACUAGAUAUGUUCCUACAGCGGAAGAGCCUACAACGGGAGCUUUGUGAGUUCUGUCACAAACAUCGUUUUGGUGCGGUGGUCGCCAUGACAAUCUCUUUCAAUGAACGCAGCGAGCCCCAUCGGCAGCUGGCGGUCUACAGCUCCAGCACCCUCUAUAGGGAGGAGGUGAGCCAAGCAUUAGAAAAGGCCCGGAACCCCUCUCUGUGCAUCUCUCCAAUGAGCAGCCCCUUCAACGACAUCAAGUCCUAUCUCCAAGGCAAUGCGCUGGCCUCCCGCAAGAAAGUGCUACCUAUCCUCAAGGACUUCCUGAAGGAGUGGGACAAGAACCAAGUGCAUUGCGGGGAGACGGAGGACUUUGAGGAGCUGGACAACCACUUUGACCCCACGGGGUCGCCUGGAAUCGACGGAGACUCCCGCCCCCACUGCUUCUCGGCCUCUCGGCACCACCGUCGCCGCCUGUUGGGCGCCGAGGACUCUGGGAUGGAGGAAGACUUCCAGGUGCCGGCCACACCCAUGAACAGUCUGGUGGAGGGCUGUCCACUGGACGCCGGCCUGCCCCAGAUCAGCGCGGAAGCUAUUUUGGAGAAGUUCAGCUGCAUGGUAGGGGAAGCAGGGGGUAAUAAAAAUGUCAGCUGGCCAGGUGAUCAAUAACCUUCUGUUGAUGCCUUUAAAUCCUAGUGCCCCUGGCUCUCUGUCCGCGUGCACUGCAACCCAACCAAAAGACUAUAAGGAGUGUUCAAACUCAGAAGCAUAUCAAUCAAUUGUAUGUUUCAUAAGGGACAUCUCAUAGUGGAUUAUAAUGACAAUCCAAGGGGCCAUGUACAGUAACUCACUCACUGGUUAUAUAGCAAUCCAAGGUUUUCUAUCAGCAGCUCCGGUGAUUGACUAGAAACAGGGUUGUGUUCAGGAGGAACAAAACCGCCCAAAACGGAGUGAAGCAGGGAGGUACCAUCUUAAUUUAUCUAAUAAGAAAUGCUCGUUUUUGUUUUCCGUUGCAAAACGUUUUGCUACGGUGUGCCCAAAUGAACACAACCCUGGACUGCCGUAGCCAUCAAACUGAUCACCAAGUUCUUAUGGAUGCUUUACCCAAGUCAGGACUAACAACACCAUUACAAAGGAUAGGACAUCCUUCUAAAAUGACUGGCAAACCGGAUGAAAAAAGCAUGACUUGUACCUUCGAAGACUCCAGACAACAAUGAAGGUUCAAUUGUGUUUUCUCUCUGUAUCCCAUCUGAGUACAUGGGACUGCCUCAUUGGUUAGUGCCAUCUCCAAGUGUAGGGGGAGUAGAUUGGACAUUUGGAGAAUACAUGAUGGACUAAUGUAAUGAAUCUUUGAAAGGCCUAUUUCAAUGUCACAGGCAUUUGAGUGAAGCUUUAUUUUGAGGAGAAUAUUGCCCUGGAUAAUGACUUUAUCAAUUUUUGCAGCAUGUGUUUCAGCAGGUCAUUGAAAACUGCAGAGUUUGCUGUUUUUUAGUGCAACUUAUCUAUGUACAGCUUCAGUAGGGAGUUAUUAUGCUGAUUAUUGAGCACGUGAUAUCUACUGGCAUGUAUGUGCGAGCGCGUGUCUGUCUGACUGUCUGUCUGUGUGUGUGUGUGUCUGGAGUUCUUGGUUAGCGUGAUGUCAUGAUGACAUUAUCGUCAGGGUUGUUUCAGUCCAUAGUUUUCCUCAUUGUCGGCAUCCAUCUGGAAAAGAACGAAGAGAGAGAGGUGGAGAGAUACAUACCAGAUGCCGGAUGCAACUCUGCUGUUCAUUCAUGCAUAUGAACUGCCUGCCCUCAGUCAGAUCUCGAAAAUUGCAGGUUUCCUUUUUUUUCUUUUUAGUCAUGAAUCUUGUUCUGGAGGCAGCUCUGCAGAGUGGUCACUAGCUGGCACAGCCACAAAGUCAUACCUAACCUUAACCCUAAUCACACUGCUAACCCUAAUGCAUAAACCUAAACUUAAAUUAAGAUCAAAACCCUUUUUGGUUUCAUGAAUUUGUACAACAUAGACAUUUUUGAGUGUGAGGCUGGCCCAUCUACCGGAAAUCACAUAGUUUUGCCUCAAGGACAAGACUCAUCCCAAUAAACGUUCACCUGUGCUAAAUAUACUCUCUCUCUCUCUCUCUCUCUCUCUCUCUCUCUCUCUCUCUCUCUCUCUCUCUCUCUCUCUCU